AACUUUCCUUGCUUCAAAUUUCUGUAGUCUACCUGAAGGAUUGGUUUAUUAUAAAUGAUCUUUUACUUUAAAAAUCGGUUUUCCAUCUUCAAAAUGGCAACAUCGUUGCACAAGUGAGGUUAGUUUUCUCUAAUUACAACCAAAAAUUCAAUGCUGCAACGUGAUUUAGUUUACAUUUACAAAUUAUGGCAAAACUAAGAAAAGUACGUAGAAGACAAAAGUACCGUUAUAACGUUAAUCGUAAAAGGCAAAGAAAUAAAAUCGAAAAUAAAGGAAAAUUUGAAAGUAAGGUAGUAAAAAAUGCCUGGAUCGCCCACAAAUCGGCCCAGUCCAACCUACGAGCUAUGGGUUUAUCGUACGACCCCAAUAAGACGAUCAAAGCUGGCCUCGACAAAGAUUCCGAAGAGGAAAAAGUCGACGAAGCACCUAUCGUUUCAGCGAAAGCAUACGUCGCCGAAGAAUUAGAAAAAGAGGCGAAAGCUAAACGAGUUAGAAACUUUCGCUUACCCGACGGUCAAGUGAGGUAUUUAAUCUAUUUAAUGAAGAAGUACGGGGAUGAUUAUAAGGCGAUGGUGAAGGAUAAGAAGAAUUACAAUCAGGAAACUUGGAAGCAGAUACGUGCGAAAAUUGAAAAAUUUAAAAGUAUACCCGAACAAUAUUGUAAAUAUUUAAAUUAAAUGUUACAUAACCUUA